GCCGCGCCACGCCAGUCUGCUGCCAACCGUCGACCGUCCCCAGUCGCCAGUCCCGGUGCCGGUGGCCGCUGCAGUCGUGCUCGGCGUGCGUGCGUUGGUCUUUGGUUACGCGAGUGCGAGUAGUUUCUGGGUGCUGUGCUUUUCUUCGUCGCAGCUGAGUUACUCUGUGGAUCUUGUCAAGGAGAGAUGGACGCCUUGCCCGACGAGCUGCUGCUGCUCAUCCUGGGCCGCGUCGCUGACGGCCGUGUGCUGCUGUACGCUGUCCCGCUGGUCUGCAAGCGCUGGCGGCGGCUUUCUCGCGACCCUCGCGUCUGGCGGCGCGUGGAAGUGAGUUUGGGCGGCUGCGACCAUGGCCCCGAGGGUGACGACGACGAGGACACGCACGGCGACCUGCUUGAAGCGGCGCGGGUCCUCCUGCACGCUCCGCUGCUGAGGAGCAUCUCCUUUGACUGGAUCGACUACUGCAACGGGCCCUGGAGCUGCGACUUCGAAAAGAGGGUAACUGUGUCGGCGCUGAAACGUUGCAAGGCUUCUGUGUCCGAAUUCCAUUUCCCUGAGCCAGAUUACGACACUGGCAGUGGCAUAGGGAGGAUCAAUGAUCCUCUGGAGUCGUUCGACGAGUCAGACCGUGCGCUGGUGUUAGGCUUCAUCCUCAAGCACCGCAAUGAAGUUAGAGUCCUUACCCUGGGCCGACUGCUCCUCGUGAAUUCAUGGCCAUGGGGCGGACCACUGAGGAACCUUCCAUGCGCCGCGCUGGCCAAGCUGAAGCGGCUAGAACAACUGACCCUCCACGUGGACUCUGACAUAUGCUACGGGGGAGAGCUGGCCUCUGGUCUGCCGGCUCUGCGGCGCCUCACCGUCCAUCCCUUGUGGAUGUCCAGCGACGUCAACACGUCGCCCGCUGGGAUGACCGGCUUGUUGAACGACCUGCUGCGAGGCUCGGCCGCGUCCCUGCGCCACCUGAGAUUCGUGGACGAUUCUGUUCCCAAGGACGUGCUGAGGACCGUGCGUGUGUGCGCGGAGCUGCAGUCCCUGGCCUGCCGCGUUCAGGAUCUUCCUCUCGUCGGUGAGCUGCCAUGUUUGCUGAGCCUUGACGUCAACGUGUCCAGCGGUGACAGCGGCCAUCCCAAUGCUGCUGCUUCGCUCCCCGCCCUGGCGCGGUACCUGGAAACCAAUAAAUCGGCUCUACCCCGUCUGCGCAGCGUCGACAUUGACAGCUCCAUCUACUUCAACUACGACAAGGACUGGUUAGCGGCUCAUCAGACCCGCCUCGUAAGGGUGUUCAAGUCACUUGGCGUUUUCUGCUCUGGCGCAGUCAAGCUCAAGCUCACAGUAGAUGAAAAAUUUCCCGAAGUUGUGGAAGCGUUUGUCGGUGCCAUGUCCCGACUCGAGUUGGCUGAUCUCCACUCAGUUCCCGUCGCAUUGUUUCCUGCAGUAGCAAAUUUGAAGCACCUUAGAAAACUGUCUGGCACAGUAACUUAUCCAGAGGGCGAGUUUCAGAAGUGCAAGACUGCUGUUGAGGAGUUCAAGGCUAAACGUCCUGAUGUUAAGUUGAAACUUGAAGCCUGGACUGGGCAGGACAUUGUAGAAAGUGGGCAAAAUUGGUCCUCAUACUCCAAGGAAAUGUUUUUAUUUGAAUAGAUACGCAAAUAUAGAUGUAAUAAUAAUAUUAAUUCGAAAUGUAAAUAAACAGUUUUAACAUAUGACAA